AUGAUUACAAAUAACUACACAGCAGUCCAUGAAUUCUUACUACUGGGAUUCCCACAAAUAAAGGGUUACAAUGCCAUCAUUUUAUUUCUAAUGAUACUGAUUAUUUACAUAUUGACACUCAUGAUAAAUUCUAUGAUCAUCGUAUUGGUGUCCACCAGGCCACAGCUACAUUCUCCCAUGUACUUCUUCCUCCAGCAAUUGUCAUGCAGUGAAAUUGUGUUCCUGACUGUUGUUGUCCCAAACAUGCUACGUGUUAUAUGGCUGGAAGGAGCCACCAUCUCUAUUACUGGAUGUAUAACACAGACUUAUAUCUAUUGUGCUACAGGGUGUACAGAAUGUCACCUCCUCGCAGUCAUGUCAUAUGACCGAUACCUGGCCAUAUGCCACCCUCUGCGUUAUACCACCAUCAUGACUAACAAACUACAACAAUCCCUGGUAAUAUAUUGCUGGGCCUUUGGCUUUCUGCUCACCCAGAUUACUCUUAACUUUCUGUGUCAACUUGAGUUCUGUGGACCCAACGUCAUUGACCAUUUUUUCUGUGAUUCUGGUCCUUUUGUUGAACUGACAUGUUCUCACACUGAUGCCCUACAGCUGGCAUUCUUUAUUGUUGCAGUCCCAAUAAUGGUCAUUCCAUUUAUCUUCAUUUUUACUAGUUACAUCUGUGUAUUCAUAACUAUUCUCGGGAUCUCCUCAACCACUGGUAGGAAGAAAACCUUCUCCACCUGCAGCACUCACCUCUCCGUUGUGACCAUGUACUAUGGAACCUUGAUCACUAUUUACUUGGUUCCAGCUAGCGGACGAUCUUUGACUGUAAACAAGUUUAUCUCCCUUUUGUACAUUGUAAUAACGCCACUAUUUAACCCAUUCAUUUACAGCUUGAGGAGUAAGGAAAUGAGAGCCAUAAUAGGAAAUUUACUAAAGACUAAUUAUUAUAACAAAAAUAGUACAUAA